UGGAGUCAAUGCAGCAUGCUUAAAUGGGGCAAGUUAGGGGAAAAAAGAAACAGUGGAGAGAGGGGAGAAUGAAGACAAGGAGGGAAACACAUGCAAUAUUGGGGUCAUGAGGAUUUGAGGAUAUGUGUCUCAUGGACAUCCAUCUUCGCAGGUUACAGGCAUGUUUUUGUCUCUUACUUAGCUUAGAUGAACCUCUAGAAAUUUUCACAAAAACAAGAGUCUUAAAACUUGCUAUUCAGCUACUGUUAUUCAAAAGGCUGCACGCAAUGUGGUAAGGAGGCAAAUUGCUGACAACGUCUUUGUCUGAGGGUGAAAACCACACCAUGUGCAUUUCUGAUUGCUGAUUGGAGUUUGGAUCUGUCAAAUGAUAAAAUGCUCAAAAAUACAAGCUGAAAAAAGCUAGACUGAGACCACAAAAGCAAAGAAGGCAGCAGAGGUAUAAUGCAUCUUUCUAUAACAGUUCAGGUGUUUUAACCAGUGUGGAAUGAUGUGUGAAGGGAUGAGCUCCUGGAUUUUGACCCACCAGUGUGUCUUGGUGCUGUUCAUCUACUUUAUGCCAAUAUGCCAAGCCUUUCUUCCCAACUUCUGGUCACGCGUACUAACGUUGUCAUGGGAUUCAUACACACACCAGUACAUGACAGAACAAGCUAUACUGAACAUCACAAUGGAAACUCUAAGCAAAAUGAUGGAACAUCAACAUGAUGUAGAUAAUGACGAGCUGUAUACUGGGCUUGGUCGAGGGUUUUGGCAUGCUGUGGGUGAGGUAGCAAGUGCUAACGCAGAAAUGGAUUUCUUGAGCUCCACAUGCUCUGAUCCAGUAUACCACUUUGACUCUGAGAGAGUGGAAGGAGCCACCCAGAUGCUACGAGAGUUCUGGGACCAGACAGUACUGUUGACCCAGGCUAAAGAGUACCAGGGGGGCAGACGUAGCUUGGGUCAGCUUUUCCACUCGUUACAGGACUUUUACAGUCACAGUAACUGGGUGGAGAUGGGUCAGCAAGCAGUGUACCUCCACCUUCUGCACCCGGAAGAGCCGUCAGUUCCUGUAGCUUCAGAGGAAACCCCAACCUGUGCAGGGUGCUACAGAUUUAGCUGUUAUAAUAAUCUGCUAGAGGAAAUGAUUCGUCACACGGAACCACUACUGACUACUGGCUAUUUCAGCUCUUACCCUGUAAAACCACCAGGAAAGUGCAGUCAUGGUGGGAUUCUAGACAGUAGUCGUCACCAGGGAGCUGAGGGGGGAAUCAACAAGGACAGCACAUCUCCGCUCUUCUCCCCUCAUCACUACCUCCAUAAAGAAGCUGCCCAUCUGGCCACCACAGCAACCCUCAGAGUGCUCCAAGACCUCCGCAAUGAGGUGGGGCCUAAAAGCUUCCUCAGGCUCUUCAGUGUCCAGCAGCCUCCAGCAUUGGUCUUCGUCAUGGACACAACCGGCAGCAUGUUUGAGGAGAUCACAGCUGCCCGAUUCAGAGCCCUCUCCAUCAUACAAGCCCGUGAAAAGAGCCAACGCACUAGUCUGCCUGGCACCUUCAUUCUAGUGCCUUUUCAUGACCCUGGUUUUGGGCCAGUGAUGGAGACAGAUGACCCUUAUCAGUUCAUGCAAUACAUGGAGGAUCUGACCGCUCUUGGAGGUGGGGAUGAACCAGAGAUGUGUCUCUCUGCCAUUCAGAUGGCUCUGACCCAUAGCCCUCCACUGUCAGAGAUAUUUGUAUUCACAGACGCUUCCCCUAAAGACCAUCAUUUGCAGAGUGCAGUCCAGGCUCUCAUACUGGAGAAGCAAACAAAGGUCAACUUUUUGCUUACUGAAGAUCUAAGUCUCACAGGAAGAGGAAAAGGGUUGAGAAAAAGGAAAAGAAGAGAAUCUUUAUCUCCUGGUAGAUUCUCUCUGUAUUCUACUCUUUCUUCAUUGUCUGGAGGAAUGACUAUCUUCACUACAAAAACAGACAUCCGCGAUGUAUCAGCCAUUGUAGAAGACACUACCACCUCCAGCAAGGUGACUCUGCUUCAUGCAGAGAGUGAAUCAAAUUCAUCAAACUCCUUCAGAGUGGACAAAGCUGUGACAAAAGUGAUGCUGCACAUCACUGGUCAGCUUACACAUUGCGAGCUUGUCAGUCCCUCAGGUGUUCAACAAUCUCUUCCUGGUACUGACAGUCCUCUGGCAGUGCUAGACUCGUCUAAGGGUCUACAUAGAAUAAACCUGCUGCCUCCAAUAGAGAUAGGUAUAUGGCAGCUCACAGUUAAAACCAUUGGGCCAAUGACAUUCAACGUACUAGGUGAUAGCAGCUUGGACUUCCUGUACUAUUUUGCAAGAGAAGCAAAUGAGACACAUCCAGGACUGAGGAAAAUGGAGGGCAGCCCUAUAGCAGGAGUCCCAGUGUUUUUAGUGGUUGCUGUGACAGGCAUGUCACCCAAUGAGGAGGCCUCAUUCAGUCACGUGACCCUGUUGGGGCCUAAUGGGGAGAGCCUGCAGAAGGUAUUGCUAAACUCCACAUCUUCUCAUUUGUCUGAAGAGGAGCUAGUGGGGUACAUGGACUCAGUUCCCAGGAUGCCAUUCAGCAUGCGUCUCUCUGGAAAUGAUAGAUGGGGAAAUUUGCUCGAAAGAGUUUCCACUGAGAUGAUUCAACCGACACAUGUACAGAUACAAGUGCAUUCAGCUCCACAGCUUCUUCCUGGUCACAGCUCGACUGUGGUUUUUGAGAUUUUUAAUCAUGGCCCCAGCCGUUACUUCAGACUUUCAGCAAAAGAUGACCAGGGGUAUCUUUCCCACCCUGACCAACAAAGUCUGUUCAUUGGUGAAAGGGGCUCUGUGAAGAGGGAAGUUGAACUAAGAACUCCUCAUACUGCCCAGCCAGGGACAGCCAUCACCCUGACUCUGACUGUUCAUGCAGAAGACCUACCAGACUCAAAUUAUGCUGUGGUACAUCUGGCAGUGAUACUAGAGGAGCCUGACAAAAUGCCUCCGGCAUGUUCUUCCCUGCACGUGGAGUCCUCCUGCCCCUCUCUGUGCUCUCAGAGCAAAUGGAAAGUCUCAUUUGUAGCAAAAGACAGAGGUCACUCUGGACUGGCAUCCAUACAGCUGGCAAACGGAGAAGGCACUCUCAUUCUGUCUGAAGUGUCUAUGCAGAGACAUGAAGAACAUUUCCCACAACUUCAUGAAGAGACUACAGGAGGAGUCCAUCUCCCAUUAAUACAGUCACAAAUGGACACCUCAGAACAGCACUUUGAAAAAGAAUCUGAACAAAGGCUGGACGUGGUCCAGUUAUUGAAGGGGGAUCAUCCAGUGAACAUCAGUGAAUGGACUAAGGGGAAACCCAUAAUGAUGCAUUAUUCCUCAAGCUGCUGUGCCCCUCAUGCAGAGAUAGUGUUGUGGGAUAGAGCGGGGAAUAUGAGGCACUGUCAUCUCAAAGCCAGUCAGGAAAGGGCAUUACGAGAAAAGAACAAGGCACACAGUGGGGAAUCUACUUCAUGGCUAGUUCUCAUGUUGUGGGGCCACUUAACACUGAGCUUUAUCUUUCACCACAAAUGAAAUUUGUUAAGUUACUCUUAUUAUGCAAUUCUGUGUGGACACACAUUACUAGUCUUUAGUACCUAGAAUGCUUUAAGGGAUAGUUCAUCCUAAAAUAAAAAUUAUGUCAUUAAUUACUCAA